AUGAGGGAGCUGGCAGCUGCACUCAGUGUGGUGUGUUUAGCUUCCUCCUACUCUGUGAUUAGCAUGGGACACUCCCUCUCCAUGUCUCUGGGUGUGUCGACACAGUGUGAAUCACAGCCCAGAGAAACCAAGCAGAACUCGCUACACUUAGAAGGAAGAAACACGUUAACAAGGGAGUUAAACGCUGAGGGAUAUACUGAGAAGAUUUCUGUAAUGCUUCUGGGACUCUGGUCUGUACAGCCUUCGUCCUACCUCCCUCUGUCACUGUCGUCCUCUGAGCCAGUGAGCCAGACCCUCAGCGCACCCCCCCCCAACACACUGGCAGGAACAGGGAGGUCGGGGGUCACCGCAGAGACAGACCGAGAGCCUGCCUUUUCUUCUUCAUCUUCUCCUGCUCCCUCUUCACCUUCCUGUCAUAUUGAGAGGAAACUUUCUAACGGCCCCCGGUGCUUCGUGAACCCCCUGUUUCUUCAGACCCUCCACCAUCACCGCUGCUGUCACCACUGCCAGCAAGACUUGCCGGUAGUCAAGUCGGACGGGAGCCAAGGGAAUGUGGGGAAGUCUUCCCUGGAAGGAAGUGAGCAGCACACUGACAAAAUCAAACUGAGCGGCAAUUUGCACCCCCCUCCCCCUCGCCCCCCUCCCCCCCGCUCAAUGCCACGCCGCCGUCCCGCCCCACCUCCACCAGGUCCUUCUGCAGCAGCAGCCAUAACCAGGCCUAAGAGUAUGCCCGAGGCUGUCGCUGCAGCUGCAAAGCAAAGUCAGACCCCCAGCAGGCGUCCGGCUCCUGCUCGACCGUCGAUGGGUGCCAAGAGCAGCAGCCCACUCAAAAAUGCCCGCUCACCCAUACCCACGCCUUCAAAACAGCCACCUCCAAGACCGAAAAAGCCAGAUCUGGUUGCCCUCCGCUGCCACAUCGCCCUCGAUGAUGAGACCAUCGCCAAGGCUUUGUCCCGUGCCAAGCUCCCAACCUGCCAACCUCAUCCUGUCGUCCCCUCUGAUGGAUUAUCAGGGGCCGGAAGUGCAUCUGCGUCAAGUGAGAGGGGACGCCAGCGACUCAGUGACAUGAGCAUAUCCACUUCGUCCUCAGAUACACUGGAGUAUUCACUGGGUCAGGAAGGUCUGGCUUCCAGCCCCUCUCAACAUCUGAACCACGAAGACCCGGGGAAGGACAGCAGCGAAGACGAUGAAGAUGCAGAGGAAGAUGAAGACUAUGGGGUCGGCCUGGAGGCAGACUUAGAAAUGCGUCUUCGACCUUCCUUUAAAGCGCGCAGGCAAAGGGUGGGUGUGAGCCUUGGUGGGGGAUCCUUCAUCCUCCCAAGGGCCUUGAAGGGUCGUUUCCGCAAGGUGAGCAGCAUGCUCACCUCCCUCGUGACCCCAGAGCGGCGGGCGAUUAAAAGGAUUGCCGAGCUGUCCCGUGAUAAGAGCUCCUACUUCGGUUCCCUGGUCCAGGACUACAUCAGCUUUGUUAAGGAGAACCGAGGCUGCCAUAUGUCUGGGAUGGACUUUCUGCAGACUCUCAGGCAGUUUAUGACGCAGAUGAAGGCUUACCUCAGCCAGAGCUCGGAGCUGGACCCCCCUUUGGAGUCACUCAUACCUGAAGACCACAUUGACCAGGUCCUUGAGAAAGCCAUGCACAAGUGUGUCCUGAAACCUCUGAAGAGCGUCAUUGAGGCGAUCUUGCAUGACUACCAGGUGAACAGUGGAGCGUGGAAGCAGCUGAAGGACAACCUGGAGCUAGCCAAGACCAAAAGACCUCAGCAGCUGGGGGUGGACGGCGCCAUCCCUCCGGACCCCGUGGCUAUUGAGAAGAUCCGCCACAAGUUCCUAAACAUGAGGAAGAUGUAUUCACCUGAGAAGAAGGUGUCACUGCUGCUGCGUGUCUGCAAACUCAUCUACACCAUCAUGCAGGAUAACUCAGGGAGGAUGUAUGGAGCCGAUGACUUCCUGCCGAUGCUGACCUAUGUUGUGGCUCAGUGUGACAUGCCUCAGCUGGACACAGAGAUCCAGUACAUGAUGGAACUGCUGGAUCCGUCUCUGCUUCAAGGAGAGGGUGGAUACUACCUGACCAGUGUCUACGGAGCCAUGGCCCUCAUCAAGAACUUCCAGGAGGAACAGGCAGCCCGGGUUCUGAGCUCUGAGGCCAGGAACACUCUGCACCAGUGGCAUCAGCGGCGCACUGCCCAGCGCUUAGCGCCCUCUGUGGAUGACUUUCAGAACUAUUUGCGUGUCGCCCUGCAAGACGAAGACACAGGAUGCACAGCCAAAACCCUGAUAGUCCAGCCUUACACCACCACAGAGGAGGUCUGCUCAGUCUGCGCUUACAAGUUCAAGAUCCGUGACCCAGAGAACUAUGCACUGUUUCUGGUGACAGAGGACACGAGGCAGCAGCUUGCCCCCGACACCCACCCCCAGAGAAUUAAAGCGGAGCUCCACAGCCGGCCCCGGGGCCACGCCUUCCACUUUGUCUACAGGAGGGUCCCCAACCUGAACCUCUGCAUCCCAGCACUCGUACACAAUGGAAACUGUCUACAGGUUGAAUAGCAGGAGUAGAUGACAGUGUACAAUGUGCACUGUGGAUACCAUAUUUAUUUCUUUUUGUGUGAUAGUCCGUAUCAAGAAAAAAUGUCCACGGUUUAUCAUCGUUAUCAACAUUUAAUUUUAUCACAAUCCCAUUUUGAGAUCACCCAGCCCUACUUGAUCCUCAACAGUAGGUUUCAUGGUAUUUUAAGGGUGCUUUUGGAAGUUUUUUUUUAUGGACAGGUUUUUAGUAUGUCUGAUUGAAAAGAUGGUGUGUGUAUUGUAUCUGUCUUAAUCUAUGAAAUAUCAUUCAAACAGUAGUUUUGAUUCAUUAUAUAAACUGUUUAAAAGAAAAAAGCUGAGGCCCACAAUAGUUUGAUGUUAGUAUUUUUAAGCAUUACACAAACACAACAUUUUUUUUCUAAUUUUACAGAAGGAUUUGGUAGGUUUUGGGUUCUGUUGGAGUUAGGUGUACAACAGGGGUGUUUUAGGGUCAACCUCUAAAAAAUGUUCACAUUUGUGAAUUAAACUAUGACAUUUCACAUGCUGUAGAGCAGGGGUGUCAAACUCAUUUUAAUUCAGGGGCCACUUUCACCCUAAUAUGAUCUGCAGAGGGCCGAACCAGUAAAAUAUUAACAGUGAAAAAAGCAAAAUUACAUUUUGAUAAUGUUUACAUCUACAAUGUUUCAUUAAAAAUCUGAAUAACAUGAACAACUUAAAAUGUCUUAAGAAAAACAAGUGCAAUUUUAACAAUAUUCUGUCUUAACCACAUGUGCGUUACCACUUACGUUACAAAUACACCAAACAUAUAGUGCCAGGCAUAAUAUUGGUAAAAUUGCAUUUAUUUCUCUUAAGACAUUUCAGGUUGUUCAUAGUUGUUCAGGUUAUUCACAUUUUUUU